AUGUCAGAUUUCUCCUUUUUCGUCGAUACUUCGCGAGAAAUUCCGCUCGAUACAAAUUCCGGAAUGUUCAGUGUGAUGGAAUGGGUGACCGUGGUCGGUGCGGUGGUGAACCUUUUCGGGCUGUUCGUCAUCGUAUUCCAUACGCCGUCGAGUAUGAAAACUUAUGGGAGGGCGCUGUCGGCGUAUCAGGUGAUUUCCCUAUUGGCGGACGGGUUGGUCGGUUCGGGUCUGGCCCCUUACCUGAUUUUUCCGGUCCCCGGCGGCUUACCGGUCGGGUGGAUGUGGCAAUUCGGCCUGACGACGCAGCUUCAGAUUUUCCUCGGCUUCGUCUUCAUCGGCCACAUGGUGACCCUGAUCGUGACGAUGUUCGUCGUCCGCCACCAGACGAUCAUGCCCGGCGACAACAUCUUGAAGAUGCGCCCGAGCAUCCGCCUCGGCUUCUACAGUUUCAUGCAAGUUUGGCCAUAUCUCCACUUUGGCAUCAUGUUCUUCUUCGUUUUCUCUAACGACGAUCAGCCAAAAAAAUAUCCCAUCUUCCGCCAAUUCAUCCUGGUCCCCCGCUUCUACGCCUUUUCCGACGAGGCCGGCAUAUUGAUCCUGAUCAACGUCUCCGUCUGGGUGGUGAUCGUUGUGGUUAUUGUUGGAGGGGCCAUUCUUACGAGUUUCUACAUCCUCGAAUCGAGACGCGACCAGAUCAGCGUCCGAACCUUUAAGCUCCAACGGAAAUGGAUUCAUAAGUGUAUUUUGCAGGUAUCAAUCCCAAUGAUCACUAUAUUGACGCCGAUUCUCGGCGGCGUCUACAUUUUUGUGACAAAAACUGUGGCAAUGUUUGGUUUGAUCCCAACCGCCGAGCUGAUCCUCAGCCUCCACGGCUCGCUCUCCACCACCGUGACUCUGAUGCUCUACCGCCCGUAUUACGCCUACGUUGAGCAAAUCGAAUUGGCCGAGUUCCCAAAGCUGAACUCGUGCUACUACAAGGUGCUCGCCGAGCCGCCGCCCACCAACACGUGCUUUCACGCCGAGGUGGCGCCGGUAAAAAUCCCGGCCGAGUACCCGUUCGCCCCGCCCGUCGUCACCAUCACCAAGUACAUCCACCACCCGGCGGUCGCCCUCACCGGCGAGGUGAACCUGCCGUGCCUUGACCCGAAGAACUGGAAGCCGACGAUCACGCUGAAAGAGGUGUUGGGCGAGGUGGCGCUGCGCAUCGCCGAGCCGAACCAGCAGGACGCCGUCCGGCCCGAGCUCGCCAACGCGCUCGCCAAGGAUCGCAAGGACUUCUUCAGAAUGGCCCCCUACCAGGUCGCCAACCCGGGCUUCCAACUGCUCGGCCGUCACACGUGCAGCCACUUU